UUAUUGAGUCCUCUCUCAUUUGCUUAAAGCCCAAAGACAGCAUAGAAUAGGAGGUUAGUUCUCACUUCUCAUCAUUAUCAACACAACAAAGUAACAAGAGGAGAGAUUAUUGGGGAGGUAUCAAUCGAGAGAGAUCGCCGGAAAAUGGCAGCUACAAUCGGCGGCGAGAGAGACUGGAACUUGAAAGAGACAGAGCUGUGUCUUGGGCUUCCUGGUGGUGGUGGUGGUAAGAUUAUUAGUGACUGUGAUCAAAUCACAAAGUCUACCGGAAAGAGAGGGUUUUCGGAGACGGUUGACUUGAAGCUUAAGCUUCAAGAAUCCAAGGAAGAUGUAUUGGAUCUGAAUGAGAAGAACAAGAAUGGUAAUUCAAAGGACAAAUCCCACAUCAAGGACCCUUCAAAGCCUCCAGCCAAGACACAGGUUGUGGGUUGGCCACCAGUGAGAUCUUACCGGAAGAACAUUAUGGCUCAGAAGAACACUACUAGUGAUCAGGAGACUAGUCAUGAGAAGGCAGCAUUUGUGAAGGUUUCAAUGGAUGGUGCACCAUAUCUUCGCAAAGUGGACUUGAAAAUGUACAAAAGCUACCAAGAGCUCUCUGAUGCCUUGGCCAAGAUGUUCAGUUCCUUCACUAUGAGUAAUUAUGGGGCACAAGGAAUGAUAGAUUUUAUGAAUGAGAGGAAGCUGAUGGAUCUUCUCAACAGCAGUGAUUAUGUGCCAAGCUAUGAAGAUAAGGAUGGUGACUGGAUGCUUGUUGGUGAUGUUCCAUGGGAGAUGUUUGUUGAUUCAUGCAAGCGCUUGCGCAUUAUGAAAGGAUCAGAAGCAAUUGGACUUGCCCCAAGAGCCAUGGAGAAAUGCAAGAGCCGAGACUGAAUUGAAACAUAUAUAUACAUAUAUAUGUAUGUAUGUAUGUAUUAAUUAGAUCAACUUGCUGUGUCCUUGAUAAAUAUUGUGUCCACAAAGCCUGAAAAUAUUGUGGAAGAUCAAGCAAGAGAGUGUUCUUUAAUUGAAUGUGUUUUGUGUAUUUGUUUUGGUAUGAUGAUCGUAUAUAUAUAUAUAUAAUUCAUAGAUCUGGGCAUUUGUAAUGGACAAGAAGCAAUAAACCUUAGCU